AUGUUGUCAUUACAGAGGGCUGGAAUGGAGAACACCUCUGCCUGUGAUCCAGCUUCCCAGCCAUCUGUAAACCAACUGCAAGAGGAAAUUCAUUCCAAACAGCUAAUGAUUGAAGCUCUGCAGCAUGACAACCAUCAACGGCAGAACGAAAACUCUGUAUCAGCAGCUAAUGCAAAGAAAAUAAUAGAGCACUACAAGGAAAAGCUUCAAGAAUAUCAGGCAGCUGUUAAUCAGCGUGAUCAGAUGAUAAGCCAGCUACGGACCAGACUGGCUGAGUGUAUACAGAGCCAAGAUGACUUACAGGCAGAGAUCCAUCAACAAACUGAAACCUCUACAAGGGAGAUAGAAACUCUAAAGUUGCAGCUAAAGGAGACUACAGAGAGUUUAAAUAAAAAUUGGACCACUGGAAUUAAUCCUCAUGAACACUUGGAGCUAAAGAACAAGUUAAUAUCCAUCCAACAAGAUCGAUCACAAGACCAGCAGUUACGGGAACAACUUUAUAUGCAGCUCAGUGUUAAAAAGGAGCAGUAUGGCCACCUUGACUCUAAAUAUAAACAUUCUCUUCAGAAGUUUAAGGAAACACAGAUGAAUAUUGAGAAGUUGACCCAUGAACUGAAGGCAAAUAAAGAAAUAACAGAGAUUUUACAAGGAGAAAAUGAGACUCUGAUAGCUAGAAUUCAGGAGCUUGGUGAUAGCCAUAGAGUGGAAAUAGAAGAGCAGACCUUAAAGUGGAGUGCAGAGAAAAAAGCGCUAAUUGAACAAGAUAGAAUAAAGGAUGAACAGAUAAAUAAAAUUGAAAAUGAAAUCAAAACACUGACGGAGAACAUGAAAGCUGCAGAAAAUUUAUCUGACCAUAAAUUGAAAGAAAUUAAAGAUAAGACUGAAAAAAUGAUUGAGAGGGAACGAUUGGGAAAGGAGAAAUCAUCGUGUGAGAUUCAAAAUCUUAUGCAGCAGCUUCAAGAAUUGACAAGAGAAAUAACCCAUACCAAAGAACAGCACCAGACACAGCUGAUUACUGCUGAGGAGCAGUUUGGACAGCAGUUGGCAGUAAUGAAGCAACAGAUGAGUGAGCGACACAAUGAGGAGUUGUUGAGAAUAAAAGCCUCCCAUGAGUCGGAGGUUGCUCAAGUAACUCAACAAAUUGAUGCCUUGGAGAAGGCACAAAAGGAGGAUCAUACAAGCCUUAUAGAGAAUCUGAACUCAUUAAAUAACCUGAAUAUCAAUCUUAAAGAGCAGCUUGAGGGAGAGAAAGAAAAGCUUCAUACUCUUGAAGCUUCGUUAUGUGAACUGAGAAAAGAAAAGGAACACCUGAGAGCAGAGGUGGAAGGAAGCAAGGAGAGAGAGAGGGAUUUACAACUUGAGUUGAAACAGGAAGUUGAUACUAAGAAUGAUCUUCAACAGAAAUCUGAAGAACAGAGAAGGAGAUAUGUGGAAAUAGAAAAUUUAGUACAAAAUCUCAAGACAGAGACAGAGAGAGUGAAAGAAGACUUGAAAAUAGAGACUGAGAAGAGAUCCAGUAAUGAGAAUCUUCUGGCAUUAGAAUUACAAAAUGUGAAGGAUUUAUCAACAAAAAAGAUAAACUUAGAAGAGAAAUUAGCAAAUAUUAGCCAGGAAAUGAAUGUUAUGUGCAAUGAACUCUCACAGAGCAAAACUUCUAAGGAUGAUCUAAAUGCUCGCUUUCAGAAAGCCCAGCAAAGGUACAAUGAAGUUUCUUAUGAACUUGAAGAAUAUAAGAAGACAGCCAAAGAGCAGGAGUUGAAAUGUCAAAAGCUUAGGAGAGAAAUGAAAAUUUGGCUUACAGAAAAAGAAUCCAUUACUGCUGAAUUAGAACAGUGUAUUACAAUACUGAAAUCAGAGAUAGUUAAGAUUGAGAAAAAUGCAAAAUACACUACUGAACUAGAGAAAGAGAUUUCUCUUUUUAAACAUGAAAAUGAAGAGCUGCAUAAGAGAUGUGAAAAACUUGCUCAAUAUGAACAGGAGUGUCAGAUUCUUAAUGAAAAACUUGGACAGAAGUAUUCAGAUCUUAAAAAAUCUGAAGACAGUCAUGACCUCAGAGAAAAGUUCCUAGCAUUGUUUGAUCAGUGUCAGUCAAUAGAAUUAACUAGAAAAAAAAUUGAAACAGAGUGUGAGGAGAAAUGUGAGUGUUUGAAUGAUAAAUUACAAAGUUUAGAUUCUAAACUGGCAGAAGCAAGUGGCUUAUGUGGUAAAUUCUAUGAUAUUAGUAACCACAGUACUUCUGUGGAGAAAAAAUUACAAGAUGUCAUACAAAGAUUAAAAGAGGCAGAGGAUAAUAUAGGUGAUCGUGAAGAAGCACUCAUGAAAGCCACUUUUGAAAAGGAUGCUUUGAUUUCUGAAAUUAAACAAACCAAAAUAGCUCAUGAUAGCAUGGAAAAAGAGAAGAAUGAAUGUGAGAUGGAUCGAGACAGAAUGUUAGAACAGUACAAAAUGAUGAAGGCAGAACUGGCCAGCACACUGCUUGCUCUUGAUAGGGAAGUCCAGUUAUCCACUCAUCGAAAGCUGACCAGUGAUGUUGGAAUUUCUGUCUCAACUUCAACAUCUUUUGAGCACAGUGCUGUACAAGGAGAGUUUAGUAUAGACAGUGACCAACACCAUCUUGAAAAAGAUGCUGAGAAAGAGAUGGUUGUGGAGAAAGUUAAUGUUUCUGCUAGAAUCAUGAUAAAACCACAGGAAAAUAAAGGUAAUGAAAAAUUCAAUAAAAUUUUAGAAGAUAGAAUCCAUAACCUUGAAAAAGAAAACAAGGAACUACUAAAUGAAGUAAAGAAAUUGAACACUAAAGUUCAUGACCAACAUUUUAGUGUAAAAUCUCUUGAGAAUGAGAAGUCCAAUUUAAGGAGGAGGCUUACUGAGUGGGAAUCUGAAAAAGUGAAAUUUAGAGCAGAGCAGGAAAUAUAUGAGAAGGAGAUGAGUGAAAAGCUAGACCUUAAAAAACAGUUGAAAGAAGUAAAGCUGACUGUACAUUUGACUGAGGACAAUUUGAAAAGACAAGAAGAAGAAAUGAAUUGCCUUAGAAAAUCAUUGAAAGCUCUUGUAGAAAGAGACAAUUCAGAAUGUCUUGUAAGGUUAAAUAAAAUUGUCAACAGUUUUGAGAUUUCUUCAGGAAAGACCCGGUUACAGGAAAGCUCAAACUGUACAGCUUAUUUGAAAACCUAUUUAUCAAAACAAUCAGAGGAAAUAGAGUGCAUGUGUGAAGAGUUGAAGAAAUACUUGUGUAAACUCAUGGAGCUUCAGCAACAUUCAGAUAAGUUGAGUGAAGAAAAGCUUAAGACUGAGCUGGAAAAUAUAUCUCUCAAAUUUGAAGUUGAGAAGCUGAAAUCUUUGCAAAGUUGUGUUGAAGGUCAUGAGCCUCAGAGUAGAGAAACUGAUUAUACGCCAAGUGAAGUGACCAGCCCAAGAACUGAAGGUGAUGGUGGAGACUUACAUAGAGAGCUUAAAAACUAUAAACAUGAGAACGAGAAACUUAGGCUGGAUAUAGAAAAGCUCAAAACCCUAUUCAAACUGGAAAAACUUCAUAUGCAGUCAACUAGGUUAAAUUCACAGAAAGAAGCUGAUAAGUCUAUGGGAAAAAAGGAAUUGAUAAUUACACAUAUUGGAACAAAGUUGGAGGAGUUAAUUGAAGAAUGGGACAAUCAGGUCAAGAUUGAUCCUUUGUUGGCAGAGUUCAUAUCCACUCAGACAUGUAAAGUUUGUGACAUUCUGCAAAAAUUACCAGGCUCUUUAAGUGAAUCCUCAGACAGUGAGGCAUAUGUAGAUGCUGCCAUAAGGCUUAUUCAACAGGCAAUCAUUAAGAAAUGCUCCAACCUUUUUGCUCUGGCAGGGAUGCGACAACUGUUAAAGAUACAAUGUGUUCAGCCUCAAGUUAUUAGUCGUGCUCUGGUAACUUUUGGUCCUUGGUAG